CCAAAAGAACAUAUUUUUACACACGCCCUUAAUCCCCCUUCCACUCUAACCCGGAUCUGCCGAAAUGCCGCCGAAGUUCGACCCGUCACAAGUAGUAGACGUCUUCGUCCGGGUAACCGGCGGCGAAGUCGGUGCCGCCAGUUCUCUUGCUCCGAAGAUCGGUCCCCUUGGUCUUUCACCAAAGAAAAUAGGUGAAGAUAUCGCCAAGGAAACAGCCAAGGACUGGAAGGGCCUCCGUGUAACCGUCAAGCUUACCGUUCAGAAUCGCCAAGCCAAGGUGACCGUGGUGCCCUCUGCCGCAGCCCUUGUCAUCAAGGCCCUCAAGGAACCCGAGCGCGAUCGUAAGAAGACCAAAAACAUCAAGCACAGUGGCAACAUCUCCCUAGAUGACGUCAUUGAGAUUGCCAAAGUAAUGGCUCCACGAUCCAUGGCCAAGGACUUAUCUGGCACCGUUAAGGAGAUCCUCGGGACGUGCGUCUCCGUUGGGUGUACGGUCGACGGGAAGGACCCCAAGGAUCUGCAGCAGGAGAUUACCGAUGGUGAUGUUGAGAUUCCACAGGAUUGAAAGAGAGUUUGAACCUUAAUCUAAAUCUCCUACUGCUAGGAAUCGUUUUUAUUUUUGUUUGGUAAUUUUUGUUAUGUUGCUGAAACUGCCUGGAACUGAUAUGAAUUAUUAUUUCAACUUUUAGUGGGAGGAAAGAGACUUGGUUUAAUUUAGAUAAUUAUGGAUUUUGAUUGUCAA